UGUGAGUGUAUAAUUUAAGAACAUAUGAAAAAUUAAAAACCAUCAUUCAAUCGCAUCGCAUUAUGUGAUCAAGCAGACUGGUUUUAGAAAACAUACGCUUCAAUGCCUCGGUAGUUUAGAUAAUGCUCAAGCUACCCAAAGGACUGAAGAAGAAAAAGAAAGGCAAAAAGUCAAAAAAAGAUCAGGAGCUAUUCACUGAAGAAGAGCUUCAACAGUACCGCCGCGAGCAUCAGCAGCCAUCGGCUUCCGGGAGCUCGGUGGUUCCAUCGGAUACAGAGGACCAUCCAGGUGGUGAGAAGUCGGAGAACGACGAAGAAUGGUCGAAGUUUGCAGCACUCACUAGUGGCAUCGAUUCGGUGUUGAAAAAAACCCAGGGGGAUUUAGAUCGCAUCAAGAGCACCUCAUUCUUCCAAAAAGUACCAACCCAGGUAGAGCAGGCGACGCGGGAUCGCGAGGAGCGCGACAGGCACGAGCAGGAGAAACGCGAGCAACUUCCCGAGGAAGAAAAUGCGGAGCAGAAAAGUACUACUGCGGAAAAGCUUAUCGACGCUGUCGUAGAGCUCACCGACUCGGAGUCCAACUCGGAAGUCGAGGAGGAUGACAUUUUUGACACGGGCUACAUUGAUGCAAUAGCUAGUGGAGAGCUGCCAAUCGCUUACGUGCCAGAUUCACCGGUUAUCGAGUCGUUUGAAGGAGAGGACCCGUUCGAUACUUCCUAUGCCGAUAAAGUUAUCAAAGGCCCAGAGGUUUCCAAACGAGGAAAGAAGUUGGUUAGCAUCGGCUCUGCAGUAGAGGUUCUAACAGGGCGUGUUGAAUCCGCUGGCGCUGGAAUUGUCAAAGGCAACCGCCAACGCCGUGGUCUGCAGAAUCUUCUAUUGAGCAGUUUCGACGAAGCUGAACAGCAGCUAGGGCAACCAGAAGCAUCUGACGAAACACUUGCCCACGAGGCUACUGCAGCGGCGAAGAAAGUUGCUGUAGGAGGUGAGGUGAACAGUGUUAGCUUGCUCGAUGAAUUGACCGAUUGCUCCGACCACGUCGCUAAUGAUCUGAGCGUUUCGUUACAUUUGAGCUUGCAAAGGCAAUUACAGACAGAAAGCAAAGAAACUAAAGAGCAGGAAACUGCUGUCGACUCAAGCACAGUCCUUGAUCUUGACGAAUUUGAUGAGCUGAAAAACCGCGAACCUUUGGACGUUGGUAGCUGUGGUUUUGCACAACAGAUUGAAUCAGACAAUGGCACCAAGCAAUCGGAUGUACUGGCAAAUGCCCUCAACCAACUUACAUUAGCAGGGCUCGAUGAGUCGGAAAUAGACGACCCAUUCGACACCAAGUUUGUAGAGAAAAUUCUUCCAGCCACUGCGGUUGAAGACGACGAGUUUGAUCCACGUGCUGAAGACGAGGUUGCGUUUGAAGACGACGAGUUUGAUCCACGAGCGGUAGCUCAUCACGAGGACAAACAAUUAGAUUUGCUUGAAGGGGAUACUCAGCGGUACGAAAGCAUACAUAAACCUGCUGUGGAAACAGAUUUGCUAUCUGGAAAUAAUCCAGAGCUAGAUCAAUUGCCACAGCUCUUGCCCCUAGGAGCUGCCAAUAGCUCAGUGGGAGGACAAGUAGUUUCAGCUAGUGAUUCUGUCCCUGACCCUUUUGACACCUCCGACUUCAAGUUUCUAGUCGCACCGGGUAAAACCGAACUCAAGUUUCUAGAAGAGGAACUACUGACAGAUCGACCGGCGACGCUCAACCACUCGUUGAGCGAUCCAGAUUUUGAUCCACGUGCGGACUGUGAAGAUAAGAGUGUCACCGAUAACCAGCCACAAGAAGAAAACCGUUGGCCAGAGGAGGACUUCCAAACUAUUGCACAGCGUAAAUCAUCUCUCAGUCUUCACAUCAACGAAGAAGGAUUAGGCACUUCGGGCUCAGGAAGUCGCAGCAAAUCUGUAUUGUUUGCCGUACCAACCCCUGACUUGCUAAACAUAGAUGCUGAGCAUUCCGUGAGUAGGAAACCACUAACACCUUAUUACAAUCGUGAGACCAUCCAAGCCGAUCCUUUUGACACAUCAUUCGUACCGUCGGUUGCGCCGACACAACUCGAGCUGCAUCUGUUGGAUCAGGAGCUUAAUAGUGUGAAUCUGAAACAUAGUCUUUCUGAUCCUGAUUUUGAUCCGAGAGCGGAUGCGUUAACUGACGCGGCAGUACUACAAGGCCAACGAUCUGAUCUUCUUGGUGUCAACGAGGCGAACGAGGAUCUCCACAAAGUUUUGACCCCUGCACAUUUAGGAAAAGCAGGAGUAGAAGACAGUAGUGACCCGUUUGAUACGUCUAUUGCUGUAAACUUGCAGCCAGGUCGAGCGGAGCUUAAGUUACUCGAGGACGAGCUUAUUCCACGGUCAUCUCAAAACGAAAGUGUGGUUUCAGAUAUUCUGUCGGAGGGAGCAAACGAGGCCAGUUCCGUUUUCGUGAAAGUACUCACGCCCCAGGCAAGCAACACCUCUCUGGACCUUGAUACAGAGCAGGAAGAGAUCGACCCAUUUGAUACAUCGUUUGUCUCUUAUUUGGGACCAGGCAAAGCGGAGAUCAAGGUUCUGGAGAGUGAACUCAUAGACCAGUAA